AUGUGUCCGAAGAAUGGAAAACCCGUCCCGUUCUAUCUAAAUGGGAUCGAGACAGAAGAAGAACCGACCUUUGUUGACAGCUUUCACAUAUCAUCUUCCACCGAAGACUCUGGAUGCGGGGGCUCAUCAUCGUCCGAUGUGGACAUUGAAGAAAUCGACGUAGAAUCGACCUCGAAUUCCUCGACCUCGUCUAACUCGCUCAAAAGCUGCAAUUUCUCCAUUUCAAAUAUUCUCAAGGAAGAAAAGCCCAAACAGACCCUCUCUCCCUUUACGAACCCAGUUUAUUCGCAAUUCCUCCCCAUGUUCAACCCACUAGCGCUUUCUCUCCAAAACUUCCCCGUACAUUCCCAAAGUCCCUUCCAAGUCCACAUGCCUGCGCAACUCCCCCGAACCUUCCCUGAAAUCAAGAAAGAACCCUGUAUCGGUGGCAACAGCGAAAAAUCUCUGAGCUGCGAGGUCUGUGGCAAAACUUUCAAACACCUGAGAAUGCUCAAUCGCCAUCGACGCAAUCACAGUCCCUACAAGAAGUACAAGUGCGAGUUCUGUGGCAAAGGAUUCAACGACUCCUUUGACCUGAAGCGUCACGUUCGAACUCAUACAGGGGUGAAGCCGUACAAGUGCAGUGAGUGCGAUAAGUCGUUUACGCAGAGGUGCAGCUUGGAAAGCCAUCUGGACAAGAUCCACGGAGUCAAGCACAAGUUCAAUUACAAGCAGAGGAGAGAGAAGAUUUAUGUCUGCGAGGAUUGUGGACACUCGACUCAUGAUGUGAGAGAACACUACAAGCAUUCAAGAGAGCAUCAAGCUGCGCGAAACAAUCUAAAAAGCCAAGUCCCAAUUAUGGCUUAA